UUGGGUCAAAGACAGAGUUAAUUAAUAACUGGAGUUAUGGACUCCGAGUCUGAAACCAAUUGAACCAUCACACACAUACAUGAUGAAUCAUUAUAAAAUCACAAGAAACUAAAUAAAAGAAGAAUAUUAUCCGAAUUUAAGAACUCUACUCUGACUUAAGUGUGAGACGUCCCACCAUUGUCCCCUCCACUGCCGCUCACAGCAACCUUAGCUUUUCCUAUACGCAAUCCGUUUUUUAGCCGGGGUUCUUAACUGAUAAUUUGUAUUUUUUUUCACGCUUUUCGGCUAAGAGACGGUUCUUAUAUCUCUUAUUUAAAAGACGGUUUUUAGCUUUUCUUAGUUAAAAUUUAAGAAAAAAUAAGAACCGUCUCUUAACCGAAGUUAAAAACCCCAGUUAAGAGAGUAGGGUUAAUCAUGUUCUUCCACUAUACAAUCCACUCGCUCUUCUCUUCUUUUGUGCUCCAAAACCAAACAUAAUAACACUCACAAACUCUCACAUCCCUCUCACAUCUCUCUCAUCUCACUCUAUUCUCCUCUUUCUUUUUAAAUCCCCAAAUUACCCUGGAAAUCGGUGGAGACAAAGCUGAUCAUAGCUCUCAAUUCUUUCUUCAAAUUCCAAGCCUCUGUCUCCUCAUCAUCUUAAGAGAACUAUAAUGUCACAGGGUUGCUUGGAAUAUGAAUUUCAGGAAAGUCCACUUGUUAUUUCUUAAAUUAUAAUUUUUAUUACAGUAUAUUUAAAGACAUUCUCGACUUUGUUUGGACAUACCCAAUCGUGAUCAUCAAAGUUCUUAAAGUUAUUAUUACUUUCUACGUAUUUCUCAAUUAUUACUGAUCUAGACAUUUUCACUUUCUCUAAAUAUUUAAAAAUUGUUACAGAAAAAGAUAAAACAACCUUUAGUUGCUGCCCAAACUAUGAGAUCCAUCUUAGACCUUGAGGCUGAAGCUUCAUCGGAACAUAAUCAUCCAGAAGAUACCACCAGUAGCCAAGCUGCCUCGAACUUAUAUCCGGUAGCAGAAAACUGCAGACCCAUCUCUCUGAAUCUUAGCCUUCGUUUCGACGACAACAACAAUUUGGAUCUUGAAUCAUCUUCUUUGACGCUGCCAAUUUCGAGCACGAGCGAAAGUAACAACCCAGAGCAACAACAGCAACAACAACAACAACCGUCUGCAUCGAAGAGAGUCUUUUCUUGCAACUACUGUCAAAGGAAGUUUUACAGCUCUCAGGCUCUUGGCGGUCACCAGAACGCUCACAAACGUGAAAGAACGCUCGCAAAACGUGCUAUGCGUAUGGGUCUGGCUGGGGUUUUCCCUAGAGGAUCCAGUAGCCCCUACGCCACAGCUGCUCUCUCUUGCCUCCCGCUGCAUGGUAACAUGACAUCAGUCAGGACUUUGGGAAUACAGGCGCAUGGCUCGUCCCACGACCUAAGGCCAGCACCAGAAACGAUUAUUAGAAACAUUGCCAGGUUUAACCAGGGGUAUUUUAGUAAUUGUGUACCUUUCUACGUGGAGGACGACGGUACCGAGCUCCUCUGGCUGGGGAGUUUCAGACAAGCGGCGGGUGCUGCGGUUGCGGCUGAAGCUUGUAAUGAUAAUUUAGGUGAAAGUAAAAUGGAUUUCUUGGAGGUAAAAAAAGCAGUGGAUAUGGAGAGUUGUCUUCCAGAUCUAACCUUGAAGCUUUGAGCUAUCUUUUUUUUUAAUUCUUAAUUUGCUUGCACGAGCUACAUAUAACUCUAUUAUGUACAGUGAGAAUUUCACAAACCAUUAUGAUCAAAUAAUAUUCUCUCGUUAACUUG